AUGGCUUUUAGUGGUUUUUCGAUUCCAAUGCCCAAUGAAGUGACAGUUAUAUCUCUUGCUGCAUGGAUCUUUUACGAACUCGGCAACCUUAGAAAUAACACAGCGACUCGUAUAUUCCGUGCAGUUGAUGAUAUUGUAAUUCAAUUUGGAUUUUAUUCAAGCAUCAUUCUUUCAUGUUAUACAUCUGAUACAUCUUGUGAAGGUGCUAAGUCCAUUUUAGUUAUUUUUAUGUUUUUAACAUCUAUGUUUCUUAUUUGGUUCAAUUGGCAUUUCCGGAGUAUUGAUAGUAGCGAACCAGAAAAAACCUGGACCUUAAGAACCGGCAUCUGGUUAUGUAUAAUGAGUUUUGCUCAUGCAUUUGUUUUUAAAAUGGAGAUAAAACACGGAAAAGAUUCGCUUUGGUCCAUGCUUACUUUUCUUUUCAUCUUAAUUUCCGUGUUUGUCUGUCUCACUUCAACAAAUAAGAACGUCAAAUCCAUUACCUUUCUCCUUACUGCACUUUUAAUGUUUCAUUAUACAGCUAUGUAUCAAAUGGAAUUUGGUAUUUUUAAUCGUGUUCCAAAUCUUACAAAUAUCCGUUCUGAGCGUCAACCUUUAAUGCGAAAUAGAAAUAACCAUGGAGCUGGAAACUAUGAAUUUAACUUUUGCUCAAAAAAUAGCACGUUUUGUUGUAUAAUUCUUAUACCUAUCUUACUUUUUAUCACAAAAAAUUAUGAAACUAAUCAAUGCAGCAAUAUCAUGCGCUUUCUUGACAAGGCAUUAAAAAUGAAGAAUGUUUCUACUGAUGCAGCGAC